AUGGAAAGUAAAGAACCUACACCUGAAGCUUUACAAAGAAAAUUAUACUUUUUGCUCGAACAGUUACAAGACAUGGCUAGAGAACUCCCGCCAAAAUAUCAAAUGAGAGUUCCUAUAGAACUGCUUUCGGGAUUGGCGAAUUGUUUGUUAAAUGAUACCGUAUUUGAAAUUGUUAAAGGAUUAAUGGAAAUUCAGCAUGUUACUGAAAAACAUCUAUUUCAGCAAAGACUUCAAAUUAUCAACAAACAUACCAUGGAAAUUCAAAAUAUGAUUAACAACACCCCAAAUCCAGAACAGCAAGAACUGCAAAAAAAUAAGUUAUUAAUGAGGCAUAGAGAGGAACUCAAGCAAACAGAUAUGAAAUUGGUACUUCAAUUAGAUCAAAAGGUAAGUGAUCAACAAGAUACCUUGGAAAAGGCUGGAGUUCCAGGAUUCUUUGUGACGAAUAAACCAAUUGAGGUCAAAGUACAGAUGUACCUACUUGAUUUUAUAUUAAGAUUAAGUAAGAUGGAUAUUCCAUAA